GCUCAGCGGAUCUAUACGCAAAAAUUUAAUUUCUCCUGGUGUCAAUAUUUAAAGUGAAGCACAAAAGUUUCAGCUCGUGGCACCCUUGGCCUUUUCCCAAUUCUUCAGUUGCGUUUUUGCACUUUUGGCUGCAGACAACACGGGUCCACAAAAGUCAACACCCGGUCAACAAAAAUCGUCACGCCCCCUAUUUCAUCCCCUCUUCGCACUUCGCACACCUGAUUGAUAAACAUAGGCAGUAGACAUAACAACAUAAAGGGCUACAAAAUUAAACUUCCUUGUGUUCUUGUGAUCUGUAAAUUUCAAGUAGCAAAUUGUGCAUGCAUUUGGAAGCACUUUUACAUCGUUAAAUCCUCCAUAAAAAUUAUGAAUCUACAAAGACGUUGCAAGUAAUGGGAAUAUUCAUGAAAAGAGAGAUUUAGAAAAGUGAACAUAAUAGGAGAUUAUUGCAAGAUCUGAAAAAUGGAGUUUGUGGAGCUCAUAAAAACGUCAAAGGUGGACAAUGUCACCUUGUAUACCCACAAUGGCAAACAAGUGGAGGUUUCGCUGUGUGUCAGCUCGCACCACCUAAUCCUGUCCGCUAGGAAAGAGGGAGUCGAAGAACUUUGGAUCCUGCAUCAAAACAUAGAUACUGUUGAUCGAAAGCCAAACGGAGUUGUCGGUGGUUUAAUCAUUGUGAAAUGCAAGGAUUUCAGAAUCAUUCAGCUGGAAAUUAAUGGCUAUGAAAAAUUCACAAACGUUGCAAACUCCCUGGAGUGGCUGUCAACCUUAGAUAACAUGACUCUCCUCUACCCGUUUUUCUACCGGCCUGUUUAUAACAUGCUUGAGGAUGGUUGGAGUGCAUUCAACACCGAAAGCGAAUUUUCGAAAUUACUUGUGCCCGGUUCAAACGAAGAGUGGAGGAUUAGUUACGUCAACAAGGAUUUCUCAGUGUGCGGCAGUUAUCCUAGUGCUGUCGUCGUGCCUAAAAAUAUAGACGAUGACACAUUGAUCGCAGCAUCAAAGUUCAGACAAGGAGGGCGGUUUCCUAUUUUGAGCUACAAACACGAAGGAAGCUCCGUGCUUCUCCGAGCAAGUCAGCCACUGGCAGGACCGGGAAUUAAGAGAUGCAAAGAGGACGAAAAAUUAGUUAACUCAGUUUUGGGCCCUGGCAAGAAGGGCUAUAUUGUUGAUACAAGAUCUCAAAGCCUUGCGCAAACUGCAAAAGCUCGAGGCGGUGGUGUUGAACCUGAGGCGCACUAUCCUCUCUGGAAAAGAGUUCACAAGCCUAUCGACCGACAAGCAGCGUACCUGGACAGCCUUGCUAAAUUAGUUGAUGCUGCCAAUGACGUCACUAGUUCUAUUGACAAGUGGCUGUCUCGAGUUGAGAAUUCAAACUGGCUGAGUCAUGUGAAGGAUUCAUUGAACUGCGCUUGCCUUGUCGCUCAGUGCCUUGACCAGGAAGGUGCGUCUGUUCUGGUGCAUGGAUCCGAGGGGCUAGAUUCGACCCUACUAGUGGCAUCUCUUGCCCAAAUAAUUUUAAACCCAGAUUGCAGAACAGUCAGAGGGUUGGAGGCCUUGGUUGAGCGAGAGUGGCUGCAAGCCGGUCACCCUUUUACAUUGCGUCAUAAGAAGAGCUGCUUUUCAGUGGGAGGCAGCAGCGUUGUUCCAGGGAGCAACAAAAGUGGCAUUGUCAAAGGCCAGCAAGCUUGCACAUUCCUGCUCUUCUUGGAUUGCGUUUUCCAAAUUCACUGCCAAUUUCCUUGCUCUUUUGAAUUCAACACCCAUUUGUUGACCUUGCUCUUUGAGCAUUCGUACAGCUCCCAAUUCGGCACAUUCCUUGGUAACUGUGAGGCUGACAGAGAACAAUUAAAACUUUUUAAGAAGACAGUGAGCCUUUGGUCUCACCUCAAUAGGCCUGAGGUACUACCGUCGUUGAUGAACACAAUGUAUGAACCCAACUCAAGGGUCAUUUGGCCCUCCGUCGCACCCAUGAGUUUGAUUUUGUGGAGGGAACUUUUCUUACGCUACUCGCCUGCUUCGGCUGACGGUGUGAGCACAAGAAUGAAAGCUGCCAAUGAUGCAAUCAUGGAACUGAACAUGAAGGAUAAAGAGCUGAGAAGUAAAGCUGCUAAAUUAAGACGGCAGUUGAUGGAACUUGAAAAGGAAUCUAUUGAAUUAGGCGUUCUUGAGUCUCCAAUGUCCUCUGCUCCAACCCCUGCUGAUGGAAACAUAGAGGUCAACGAGGGGCUUGUGGAGGUGCAAAGUAAUCCCUUAUUCUAGUCAGUAUGUAUUAAAACCACGCUACAUUGCUAACGGUUAAAUCUAAGUUAAUUAAUAUUUGUGAUGAAUCACCAAUAAGGUCUGAUUGCAAGGUAAAUUUGGGGUUUCAAGGGAAAAUUUUUCUGUUGUUAUAUAAAGCUUAUACACAUUUUUAGUAAUAAUUUUUAGUGUUAUCCAAAAACACAACAUUUAAAAGUUUGUUGUUGCAUUUAAUUAAAUUAAUCAUCUGUAUAAAUCUAUAAUGAAUAAUCUAUUUACUCGGACU